AUGUUCAAGGUGGAGAUAGAAUGUGGAGAGCAAUUGGUAGUUAAAUCCAUUUUGGUGGCCAGAUGGUUUUGUUCAAGGAAAAGCAGUGUGAACUUCCCUUUGUGAAACACCCCCAAGUUAUCUUUGCUGAAUAUGCACAAUUUCAUUUCAGAGUUUGGCCUAACUGUGCGUAAGGAGAUGUAUAAUCGAAGUCUAAGGUUGAGGAAAGUGGCUCACCAUAGAAGUAUUGAUGAUUUAUUGAAGAGUUAUUGUCAGGUUCUGGAUUAUGGACUCCUUGCCAUGGUAUCGUCGUUUUCUGACAGAGAGGAAGAAGAAGCUGUGUUUCACCAGAAGUUUGUAACUGGCCUUCAAACUUUACAGGCUUCGGGUUUUCAGUACUUUCUCUAUGGUACAAUCUUUUGGGAGAGAGACAGAAAGCAAAACCUGGGAAAGUCAAUUCUAAGUCAUCUCACCAGUUACGAGGAACACUCUGACUGCUUGUCAUGCGUUGGAGAGCAAAAAGAAACUCCAUGCUUUCAUCCCUGCUGCCAGAAUCUUGUGCUUCAGAUGGCUGUUAACUGUGGGCUCUUCUGUGUAACAAUAGAUGGUUGCAUUGUACCAUCUGAUGAUAGUAUAAUGAAAACAUCUCAGACAGCUCCAAAGGAAACCCCUCUGUUAAGUAGCCAUACAACUGAGGCUAGUACUUCAUGCCAUGAUAAAGACAGUAUCAAAAGACCUAGCACCCAAGUCGGUGUUGAUGAGCCAGUGUUCAAUAAGGAUGAUCUGCUUGACCAUACAAAUGAUGUAAAUGUUGAUGUUGGAUCCAACAGAUGCAGUACACCCCAAGGAAGUCUGAAAACCCAUGAAGUCACCCUUGGUGAGCCAUCCACAUCAUUGCUGUUCAUGCCAGGAAGCAAUCAAGGAAUGCUAUGGAAGCCAGCUGAGUUGAAGGACAAGUGUCAGCAACAUCUAGAGAACAUUGAUCCUUACUGCAGUGAACUGGCCAAGUUUGUAAUGCCCUUGAAGGGCUUUCUUGCAGCCAUAAAUCCUUCUCAAGAUAAUGCCACAGAAAAAGUAACUUGAGGUACUUUUUAAAGAUUAUUGACAAGCAUGCAAAUAAAGAUGUACAGAGCCAAGUGCGCCUAAGUAGCAACAAUGGCAGUCAGGAGUGUAUGCAAGUUCAAGGGUACAGCUCAUUCUGUGGACUUUGUGCAAUGAACAAUGCAAUAGGUUGUUCCAGGAAAGGACCUACUUUGUUCAAUUUGUUUGACCUAGAUUUGGCAGCAGACAUCAUUUGGUUAAAACAGGUUUGUGAAGUUGGCUGUGGAUUUUCUGUACCUUUAGAGCCUAUGCGGGGUCUUGAUGGUGACUACAGUAUUUUAGCAAUGGAGGAGGCAGCAAUUAGGAAGAACUGUACAUUUCAAAGACUAGAU